CCACCACCGGUGAGGUGGGAGGGAGGGAGAUGGCAGCUAGCGGUAGCGGCGGCGGAGGAGGAGGAGGAGGAGGAGGGGUGAGUCGGGAAGGGAGCGCGAAGGCGACCGUGGCGGAUCGGAUAAGCCAGGCAGUGCAGUCGACGUCCAAUCUUCUUCACCUCAUGCAGGAAUCCUCUCCUUCCCAGGCUGAGUUAAUAAAGCUUCCUAAGAAUCUAUUUGCCAAAGUAUCUACCAUCAAGAACACUGGGCAAGUUCUGGACCAACUACCACGGGUUAUAUCUUCCUUGGAUGCAUAUAUGGAAAGCAGUUUACAUAGUGCUCCUCAGCUGAAGACUGUGACUCAGUUGCUGUCUCACAUGGAAAAUUCUCAGCUCAAGUAUGUGUUUCCAACCAGUCAGCAACCAGAGGAGCAAAAACACGCAGACUCGGAAAACACUGCAGUGGCCAAUUCUUCUUCUGAUCAUGGAGUUUUCUCCUCUAAUAAUGGAGAAGGCCUAAGCCAUCAUGAGAGUCACUGAACCAUUUCCAAGCACCUCAAACCCCCUUGCGAUUUGGAAGGCAAAGUAGGAUGGAUGGUUGCUGCUCUGAUCAAUCUUGAAGGUGAUGUUCUUGCUUGGGUAGCUGCAGGACACCCUGAAAUGCCAUCAAAUUUAACAAAUAUGUUCAUAUUCUUUGUAGAAUUUGAGGCUUGAACAAUAUAGAUGGACUAUAUUUUGCUGCUAUAGUUGAUUCAGCUAUCAUGGCAAUGCUCAGUAACAGCACACACACCUCCGGUACUCAAUGCCGACCGCACCAAGAGAUAGAAGGGAUGCACCUAAAUCAGCAUUCUGGCCCAUCCUUGCAAAGGCAUGCUGACUGAGAAUGAACUUGGUAUUGCCGCUUACUCCUGCGUCUGUGAUUAUGAUCAUGACACCAUCGUUGGAGCAGUACUUGGCAUCAGUACAUGUCACCUAAUGAAAAAUUGUAAGAUGGUAGAGUGACAAAGACAAUGCAAUCAACAUGAGUGAAUGAAGUAAUGGUCAUGAUUUCACUAACCUGAUAGCAUGCUCCACAACCCACACCAUUCCUGUAAAGACUUGAUGAUGCUAAGGCAUCCCCAUCAUUCGGUGUUGCUCCAAAUGAACCAUACUCGCAUGCACCAGCUGAAGUCAGAUGAGAAGUUGAGAUUAUCUGAGCAAAAGAAUUAAUGACACCGACAGAAAACAUGUUUCAUGCAGGUGUUUGGAUCUUACUCUCUGUUCCUGUUUUAUCAGAAUUUGGGUAGUAAGCUGGCCUGGAUUGGGUGAAGCAAUCACUGCAUGUGUCUGCUCUGGUGGGAUGUUGGAGAAGUAGAGGUAAGAAGAAGAGUAGUUGAGUGGGCAGAGCUAUUGAAGCAAGAGGAGAGGCAGCAAGUAAGGAAACAAGUUGUUAAGUACAAUGGUUAGGAAGUGAAGGUUAAGCUGAAGCUUUUAUAGAGAAAAUAGUGCAGAUUUAUUUGAACUGGAAAAGCUUUAGGCUUUGACAUUCUUCUAAGAUUGAUAAUGGGAUGCCAUGAUUGACACUUGCAUGUAGUGGUCUACUUGGAACAGUGGAAUUAUUUGCUUUUUGGACUUCAAGAACAAUUUGUCAAGAAAUGCCAGGGAUCUGCUUUAUCUGCUAUAGUUUACAGGCUCUUCCUAAGAAAGCAUAUCAUGAAUGAACUCUUAUGAGCUGAACUGUUCUGGUAAACUUAGAUUUUAAGAUCAUAAUAGUUCAAUCAUGAUAUCUUCCAGUAAACUUAGAUUUUGAGAUGAAAAGGAAAACAAAUUAGAUUUUGAGAUAACGAGUUGUAAUAUGCCCAGAGUUGCAGGCAGCUGUAAAAAGAAUUUGCAUUUUUUGUAUUGUGCUAUGUAGCUAUUACAAGAUAGCAAGAUUGUGACAUCAUACAGAAUGAGGUGGGGGCUGAUUUAUAUCGUUGUUGUCCUUGAUUACAUAAACAAAAGAUCAUCAUUAUACAUAUGACUCAGCAGAAAGAACUCAGUCUCUGGUGUAAGCAGAAAGUGGUGGAGAAAGGCUUAGUGCUUUUGUACCUCCCCGCUUGUGAUUCAGAUCGCAUGAGAAAUCGUGAUCUCACAGAUGGGGCAGGAAGGAGGAAGCACAUCUUAAAGGUCAUACCAGGGAACACGCCACCUGUUUCUGUAUCUUGUGACCUGUGUUGUGAUGCUAAGCAUAUAAGAAUAAGCAUGAGUGCAGGCUUUUAGAGUUCAACUUGGUCUUGGGUUCUGAGUUCAUGUUGUCAGGAGAUUUAGGCAGGAAUACACCCAGCUCCUGAGCAACAGUGGAGACACAAGACAUGGAUGGGAUAUGGAAACUAGAAGCGUCACAAGGUACCAGUCUUACAUGAAACUUCUAUUCUGACUUAUAGUGUACAUUCUGCAUCAACGAAUGAAGGAAAGUCAUUGACUAUGGACCCUGUCAAAUUUACAAUGGAAAGAGUUCAAGACAAAAGAUAACAUUAAAUUUGAUAUCUUUAUAGUUAGGGUUCAGAUAUUUUGGGCAAAGAAGAUUUGGAAUUUUGUAUUAGGUUUAUAGAUAUGUCAAACCGAAUUAUGACAAUUGGUUUCAAAACAGACUUCAAACAAAUAUCAAUCAAUCAAUUAAUGCUGCUGCAAAUUGGUUAGCUAAUGAAGCACAUAGAUGGCAACUUACAGUCUCAUGCAAUCUAUUCCUUUGAAACUUUCUCAAGGAUUUAGAAGUUGCAUCAAAGGAUGUAUAAUAAGAGCUUAUGUGAUAUCUUAAACAUAGGUUUGAUGGUGGUAUAUCAUACUCUUACCAAAGGUUGGGAGUUUGAAAUCUCAACUCAUACAUUUUUAAGGUAGCAGCUAGCUUAAUUAGCAGACCUUGAUAGUUUAUCGUAGGAUCGAAUCUCACCUUUGCCUCUUACCCUUUGCAAAAAAAAAAAAAGAGCUUGUGUAAAGGAUGCUACCUUUUUCAUAGAAGGUGGCUUCAUCAGGAAUUGGCAUAAAAGCUAAAUAAAGAAAAACAUAUUACUACAUGUCUCUGUUCAUCAUGGAAAAGCAAGAACCCUGGAGGCACUUUGGCAUGCAGAUGAUUCAAAAUCUUGUUGUGGUUUCUAAAUAGUCACAUAAGAGGUGAGAGAUACUGGACUUCCACAUUAUGUAUCGCUUGUGGUCCUCAAACAGCAGCUGAAUGGUUCCCCCAGUGGUUGCAAGUGUUAUCAAGUAGCAGCUAUGACCAUUCUUGGAGAAGCCACCUUCUUUUGGAUCCUCCAUUGCAUCAAAAACCCUAACUGAGAAGUAAAUUUUAGAAACUAAGUUAACAAUGCCAGUCUUGACAAAGAUUUGCAUCAAGGACCAUAUGAAAGAUAGUAAUGCAAUCUCAGUCACAGUAUCUUCUGGUAGCAUAUUAUUUUAAGCUCACAUUAAACUUAGAGGGUUGAUUGCAGAUUACUUUAACCAACUAGUUCAAAACUCCAAUGGAAUUCCAUUUGCAAAUCAAGGAAGUACAUGGUCUUACAUUCUUUGUAGGUGCUAAUCACUCCUCGGAUAUGCUUCUUUACCAACCUCAGUGCAAGCCUGUCAUGCUUGACAUAAAUCCUCACCAUUCUGAGUUGAAUCUUCCCUGCAUGCAUGUAUUACAUCGUUGUUGUAGUACAUUAAUGGAUCAACAGCAGCCAGAAAACUCGUAUCUGUGCAAUAGAGUUUAUGAGAUUUAAGAGGAUAUUACCAUCAGGUGUUUGAAUGGGGAGUUCAGCACCUCUUGCCAGUGUACUCUGGUCCUCUGAAAUCUGUCUGCAAGCUGCUGCUCUCAGCUCAAGCGUUGCAGCUCCUCUCAAACCUGUAGCAAUUACCACAAAGGGUGCAUUCUUUAUUUGAUGUGCAAAGAACAAAGAUUUGGAAGACGGUAGAUAGAAUUCUGUCAUCAUCUUUUAGUAGAUGGAAGAACUGUUCUACGAACUGAGAAUCCCAGUGCAUUACAUGUUGCAGCAGUUGCAGUGAGAGUCACUAGAUCAGCUGAACUCCGGGUUGCAAGGCCUGUUCUAAUGGCAGAUGCAACCUGCAUUCUGUUUGCACCCACAGACUCAGCAGCUUCGGCGCACACUGUCGCGACCAAGGCCGCAGCAGAGGCUACCACCGUGUUCAUCCUGUUGUCCAGCUCCCCUCCUUGGUGAUCUAAGAUCAUGGUUUUCGAGUUGACCGGUUCCAAGUAACAGUUUCCUACAAUGCCUGCAAUGGCCGCAGCCAGCCUUGCCACAGAGAGGGCUGCAUGGACUUGAGCUGUGUGGAGUCGCAGUUCUUCCUUCCUCCUCUUUCUGCAUCCUUUGGAAAAGCUGCUAAGGAUUUCCCCUCCCAGCCAUGCCUUCAUCUGGCCUACAUCUAUCUGUGGAUUUCGAGUUAAGAUGAACAUGAGCUGCAAGUUCAUGAUGUCUUUGCUUCAGAAUGACUUACCCAGCCACCAUGUAAAGACUUGUGCUUCUGAGGUGCAGAUUGUGCCAAUUUUCCACUCGAGAGCAAUGUCUGCAAGGAUCAUGCAAAGAACAGAGCCUUCAAUCGAGGUUGACUGCAUCAAAAGGCACACAGAUGACACAUACCAAGAUUUGAUCCAUUCUUGUUUCGGUAUCUCCGGCGAAAUCGGUAUGGUUCUUCUCUGCUUUAUGCUCAUCUACCUCUGCACUCCUGUCCUCGAGGCUUGGUAAUAGGUUCUGCAUCAUAUGAAUGACAUGAUCAUUAAACUCACAAACACAUGAAAACUUGAUGCAUCAUCUGCUAAAUGUUCAUAGAUAAUAAUGUGGUGGUUGUGCGAACAACAUGAAUGGAUCACUGUCUUCCACAGCAUUGAUAGUAUUCCUAGAGGAUCGAAAACAAUUCAAUUAAAUGCAACUGGGUACUAUUUGGAAGAUAUCACUGCAAGUUGCUAAAAUUAAUGGGUUUUCUUCCAUGAUCCCUUGGCACCACUUCUUGGCCACCUCCUCGUUUAUCUUGAGUUACAUUGGACACUGGGAUUUCUAGUGAUGAGAAGACAACAGACUUGACUGUAGAUUGGUGCCUGUUUACUCACACUGGGCGAGAGUAUUUGAAAGAAGUCAGAGGAAGAUGGGCUCCAUGUUCUGGAGAGGAACUCCAAAGCCUGAUGAGGACUCUUAGGGACCUCCAAAGGAUAAUGAUAUGUUGAUAACUGUGUCUGCCCUUUGCACAACUCGAUACCUCUAUUUUGACUUUUUGUCUGCAUUCUCUCAUCCUGCAAUAUGUAGAAAGACCAUGUUCUUACAUAGAUGAUCAGCACUGGAUCUCAAUGAAGUUUAUGACUCCAUCCACUGCA